AUGCGUUGCUUCGAUAAAGAGUUUUGUUCUCAACAGCGUCAAUGUUUGGGUCGCAUCUACAACUGUCAAUUAAUAGAAUCGGACUUGACGGUAUGCCAAUCACCAAAGAAGAGUUCACGUCGCUAUGAAUACAUUCAAUAUGGAAAUGGACAACGAUUUGGGAAGCAGAAAAAUGUUUCGCGUGAUACCAACAAUGUGGAUAGCUGGAGAAGAUGGAUAUUCUGGAAGUGCAGCUACUGCUUUUGUCUAUGCGACGACCAUCAAAAUUCUGAUCGUUACUUCAAUCUUCGGGAAACUGUAUCCGAUGUGAAGGCGAACAAAGUGAUGACUGGAGUGCGUUUUGUGAAGAAGAAUCGUGUUUUCCAUUUGCAAAUACAGGAAGGACAAAUCUUACCCCGAGGUGCAAUCAAUCAAUCCACUGUGGAGUGGAAACCCGUCGAUGGCUACAAAAUCGAUGAUACAAAUAUUAGGGAAGGAGUCGACUAUCAUUCAAUGAACUACAAGAGUCGGGGCUUAAAUCUGGAUGAAAUAACAUAUACUAAUGACGGAUCAUUUGUGGUAACCGGUGUCCGUUUCCAAGCAACGAAGGGACGACUCAAUCUAAUAGUUUUGUUUAGUAAUUUUGAUUUCGUUAAGGGUAUGCUAAUUGAGCCGGAGUCAACUCGAAAAUACCAAUCUAAUAGCGACAUCAAAGGCAGAAUAGAACUACAUUUAAAAAAUCUGGAUGUUCCAACGUUGUCUUUUGACAGUUCACAGCCCUUAUCAAAGGAUGGACAAUAUCUGGAGUUUGUCAACACAGGAAUGGAACAGGAUGCGGCACAAACAACAGUUCCAUUUAUUGACAUUCAGGAUGUCGUCUCCAAUCACCCAGUGCCCUUAGCUGGAAUCAGCAUAUACUAUAAAGGUAGUCCGGGAUACGGUGGCUUCGUGACUCCUAAAAUCAUCAGCUACGAUAUUUCCCCACAUCUCCCGCCGGUGACAAUGCUUUAA